AUGAUCAGCCCCGGACGGCAGCAGCGGGAACUGGAGCAAGCGAGCGAGCUUUGGGAUAUGCUGGGGGUGAACGUGGAUAUGGCAAGUGGGGGGGGGAUUGGCGGAGCGGGGAGCAUGGGGAGGCUGGGGGGCGGAGGGGGCCCGGACGGCGCUGGCGCUAGCCCUGGGGGGCUGGGGGAGAAAAUGGGGGAAGAUGGCGGCGGGUGGAAGAGCGGGGGCGGGGGCCGGGGGGGAGUCGGAGGAGUUGGGGGUUUCGGUGCAGGGGGAACAGAAGGGUGGGGAGCAGGAGGAGGGGGAGGGCAAGCAGCGGAUUCGGCGCCAAAUGUCCCGCCGUCCGCUGCCGUUGCUGCAGCGGGCGGCAUGGGAGGUCAGGGGAUGGAGUUAGCCGGCGGCGCGGCGGGAUCAGGACUGGCGGGGCUUUCCGCGCUGUCCGGAUUAUCCGCGUUACAGCAGGGCGGAUUAGACGUUAAGGUGAUCAUGGAGCUACUCCAGAGGGAUCGCGGAGGGGGAGAUAUGGGCGGAGGGGGGCCCGGGGGAGGCGGGGGAGAGGCGGAAGGACUGGGACAGAUGGGCGGCGGCUUAGGAUCAAUGGAUCCGAUAGCGCAAUUGGCGGCGCUCUCGGGGGAAACGGGGGAGGGAGGCGCAGGGGGAAUGGCAGCUGUGCUUGCGGCGGCGGCAGCAGCUGGAGGUGCCAGCAACCUGGGGGGGUAUACGAGAGGAGCUCCGAGGCAUGUACUCGGGGGCGGGGCGGCCGCCGCAGCCGCCGCAGCAGCCGCCGCGGCAGCAGGAGGCGGGGGAGGGGGAGCAGGAGGGUCGCACCACCGGCGCGCGCUUUCCCUGGGAUCCGCGGCGUUGCAGUUUGAUGGGAUUAGCAGCGGCAACAGCAGCCGCAGCAACAGCCCGCUCUCUGGACUUCGCAUGGCGUCCCAACACGGGCAGCACGGGCAGCAGCAUUACACGUCCGCCUCCCCCGGUUCGUACCUCAUUCCCCGCGCCGGUGCUAGCGUGUCCGGUGGCAGUGCCAGCAUGGGAGGAGGUGGCGGAAUGGCGGGUGGCGGAAUGGCAGGCGGAGGCGCAGGUGAUUUUUCAGAGGCCGCCGCGAUGCUUCUGGCGGGGGUGGGGGGGGGAACGGGCGCAGGGCAGGGGGGAGGGGGAGACCCGGGAUCAUUCCAGUCACUUAGGUCCCGUCGAGGCCUGCCGGAUUUGCCGGGAUAUCCCCCUAAUAGUGGCUCUAUUGGCUCUGCGCAGGAUAACCGCAGUCCUAAGGGGAAAAGAGAACCGGAAAGCAGUCUUGCAGGGUCCCUAGGAGGCGGGGUGGGUAAAUGGCUGAAUGCCCCUGCGAAUAAGAGUCCACGGGCAGAAGGGCAGCUGAGUCCGGGCAGGAACCUGAAACUUGUGUCCACCGGGCAGGUUCCUGGUCUGACAGGGGAAAUGGCGCGACUAGGCAUGGGAAAUUUCCGUCCGUUUGUGAGCGGAGGUUCGCCUAAUGCUGCUGCUGCUGCUAUUGUAGCGGCUGCAGCUGCAGCUGCUGGGUCCGGGGGCAACGCAGGGGGGUUCCCUGGCGGGGGGGAAGGGGCUAAUGGGAUGGGGGGAGGCGGAAGCGGGCUGUCUUCCCCUGUGCGCCUUUCUUCACCGGAUACUGAACGUAUGAGCGCUGCUGUGGCGGCUUCCGCCAGUGGCAUGGGGAUGGGCGCAAGCAGGAUUGUUUCUGGGGGCGUUGGGGGGAAGGGAGGUGCUGCAGGGGGAGGAGCGGGGGCGAUGGCGCGCGGGGGGAAUGCGCGGGGGAAGUUGGGGAGGCGGGGGUCGGGGUUGAGUGGGGGGAGCGGGGCAGGGGGAACGGGAGGCGGAGGCGGAGGCGGAGGCGGAGGCGCUGGGUCGAGCUGGGCUUACGCAGGGGAGGAGGUGGGGGAAGGCGGGGAGGGAGGAGGAGGAGCAGGAGGAGCAGGAGGAGGAGGAGGAGGAGGAGGAGGAGGAGGAGGAGGAGGAGGAGGAGGCGGAGGCGGAGGGGGGAUGAUGGGGCUACAAGAUGAAGACUACUCAGAUAACGAAGACAUGGGGAACGCAUAUGGGGACAUGGAAACGGGCAUGCUCACACCGCCAGAGCUUCUAGGGGUAGACGGAGCAGACGCCAUGCUAGAGGAAGCCCGUAUGCUGAACCCCCACAGGCAGCGCCACUCCACGAAGCCCCGGAGCGUGGCCGAGAGGAAACGCCGUGAGAAGAUCUCGGUAAGGCUGCAGCAGCUGAAGGAUGCGAUGCCGAAGGCGGAAGGGAGGUUGGACACGGCGUCGAUGAUUGAAGACGCGGUGGCGUAUAUUCACUCGCUGAGGCAGCGGUGCCGGGCGCUGGAGAAGCAUAAUGUGCAGCUGGUGGCGAAGGUGGAGCAGCUGCAGGAGCGGCUUGGGGAGAGAGGAUCAGCAGGAGGGGGAGGGGGAGGGGGAGGGGGAGGGGGGAGGGGGGAGGGGGAGCGGGAGGGGGAGGUGGAGGGGGAGCGGGAGGGGGAGGUGGAGGAGGAGGAGCAGGAGCAGGAGGAGCGGGUAGUAGUAGUGGUGUUGGUGGUGGGAGUAGUGGUGGUGGUGGUGGAGGUGGGAGUGACGAGUGAAGGACGCGAUGCCGAAGGCGGAAGGGAGCUGGUGGCGAAGGUGGAGCAGCUGCAGGAGCGGCUUGGGGAUAGAAGGGGAAAGGGGGGAGGAGAGGCGGAGUGGGAGGGGGAGCAGGAGGGGGCGGGGGAGGGGGAGGAGGAGCAGGAGGGGGGGUUGCGGGCAGUAGUAGUGGUGGUGGUGGUGGUGGUGGUGGUGGUGGUGGUGGUGGUGGUGGUGGUGGUGGUGGAGGAGGAUGGGUGGAUGGAGGGAGUGAGGAGUGAAGGGGCGGGGAGGGGAGGGAGAGAAGCACCAGGCUGGGACGGAGAGGGAAAGGAUAGGGAUGAGGGCGCACUGCGGGUAAAGGGAAGUGUCAGUAACGGACAGGUGGGCUGGGCUGCAGCUUCAGCGGCCUUACUCUCAUCAACUCGUGCUGUUUUAGGGAGAGGAGGGCGCACUGCGGUUGACGGGGGGGGUCUGGAGAAGAGAAGCGAGGUUAGUGGUCCUGAGGGCUGUUAA